AUGAUAAGUUAUCAGUUAAAACUUCCAACAGAUUUGAUCACAAAGUAUACGCUCAUGAUAGCAGUCGGAUGUCUGGUGUUGACGAUGUUUCAAACAAUAAAUAUGGUGAACUACGUUGGAUCCACUUACGCUAUUGGAGCAAUCACAACAGGUAGAACAAGUCAUAUUCACAAAGCAAUAUUUAUUAUUGGAUUCGGAUGCUGUAUAGACAUAGUUCAUCUCAUUUUUCAUACAUCUAAAUCGAGUUGGGUUUUUGUCAAAGUCGUUCAAUUUCUUAUACGUCUCCUGGGUGUCUCAUUCGAAAUCGUAACUAUAUUGUCGUUACAUUGUUACUGGAAGUACACUGAAGCAAUACAAAAACAACCGGAAAAAACAUGGGUUCAACAUAAAUUGGGUCAGGUAUUUUCCAUAUUUUCCAACAAUUAA